GUCACACGACUACAUGGCCCUCAAUGAGUCCGACGCUCUGAAACUGUACCUAGGAAGUAUUGCGCCUGCGCUUCGAGUGGACGAGAUCGACGACUCCGAUCUGGAACUCGUGAUCACUAUGAACAAAGACGACCAGCUGCAGCGCGUGCUCGGAUUGUUGGCACGCCUUGUUUGCGGACCAUGGGCUGACGAAUCUGCGUUAUACAGCGGCUACGAUGAACCGCGGGGCUGGGAGAAUGACUGGGGGCAUUACCUCGAAAAGUUCCUGACGACCUGGAGCACGCUCGUGCAUGAUUUCGGUGUCUGGCACGCAGCAAGGGUCUCUUCUGCUGGCCGAGUCGCGGCUUUGGGAAACUGCCUUGGUGGAGUGAACUGCUCCUCUGCGGCGGCUCUUUGUUUGAUGAUGGCGCUCGAGGGCUUCACUUUGGCGGAGGCGUUGCAGGCGUCAGUGUUUACUCACAAGCUGCGUCUCUGUCCGCGGCAGACUUUCUGCUGGCUCUUUUGCUGCUUGAACAUGUACACGAAGGAGCUGCCUCUUGGCGGUGUAAUGGGCUUGGAGGACGAACUCCGAAGCGCCGGACAGUCGACCUUUCAGUGCUCGCGGUAA